CCACUGACCGCCGUGACCUCUAUUUGCUGAGAAUCAGGGUAUGUCGGGAAUGGCAUAGGCGAUUUAUUCCUACUCAAAAUUAUCCGUUCAGUGUCUUAUGAGAUCUUCCUUUGGGAAUAAUCGAACAUGAUUCGUUUUACUCUUGCAUCACGCUCUCCGGAAGCAUUUAGAUUUGAGUGUGAGCGCUGACUGUCCGUCCAAGCCCACCAUCAUGGCUGUAGAAUCUCCCAUCUCUCGCCGACGAAGCUGCACGGACAUCCCGUGUCUGGUUUUGUUCGCUGGAUUCUUGGUUGGCUGGGUGGUAGUUGCCGGUAUCGCUAUGUCGCAAGGCUCCAUUAAGCGCUUUGCCAUGCCGUCUGAUAGCAACGGCGACAUUUGCGGCGUGGACAAAGGCGUCGAGAAGAAGCCCAACCUUAUCUUCUUUGACCUGACAAAGUGCGCGCAUUCGUCAGCGGUCAUCUUCGGGUGCGCAACUCCCCAGAUGUGCGUCAAGGAGUGCCCGGAUUCGUACUUUUUCGGCGCCGUUCCGGCGAUGCUUGCCGGCGCCGAUUUCGACGGCAGGGUGACCGACCACCUGAAGGCCAAACUGCGCUACUGCCUGCCGGGUGUGAACCGCACGAGCCUGACGUACGGCCGGCUGGUGGACGGCUACCACUGCGCGCCCUGGUACGUGCGCUCGAGGCCGGUGGCCGGCCGCUGUCUGCCGGCCGACAUCGAGCAGGCGGUGGGCCACCUGCAGCAGCUGUCCAGUCAGAUGAACCAGCGGCUGGCCGGCACCGAGGCGCGCCUGCUCAGUCAGCGGAUCCAGCUGAUGGCGCCGCUGGCCGCGAACGUCACCAGUGACAACAGCACGGCCGAGCCGGGCCCCGCCCCCAGCACCAACGGCACGGUGGGCACCGACACCAACACCACCCAGCCGGUGAACGUCACCCUGCCGGAGUCGCCCGAGACCAGCGAGGGAGACUCCAUCACCAAACGCGUGCUGAAGGCUGCCUCCGAGGCUGUCCGUCAGAUGCGCUUCAUCGGCGUCCACCUGGCGGGCCUGACGUGCGUCAGCCUGGUGACGCCGCUGGUGCUGGCGCUGCUGGUGGUGCUGCUGCUGCGCUGCUUCAUCGGCCCGAUCGUGGUGCUAGUGCUGGCGGCGGUGGCGGUGCUGCUGGCGGCCGCCUCGGCGAUCUGCGCGCACCAGUACACCGAGCUGCGCGCCGCGCCGCCGGCCGGCAACGACACGGCCGCCGCGCCGCCGGCCGGCAACGACACGGCCGCCGCGCCGCCGGACGGCAAGGAGGUGCCGCUGCAGGAGGACCCGAGCCUGUGGCUCGGUCUGUCGGUGGCCGCCGGCUGUCUGCUGGUGCUGCACCUGGUGUUGGUGCUGGCGUUGCGCCGCCGCCUGGUGCUGGCAGUGGCCAUCCUGGAGCAGUGCAGCGCCGCCAUCGGCGACAUGCUGACGGUGCUGCUGGUGCCGGUGCUGAGUUUCGCGCUGCAGCUGCUCGUCUGCCUGCUGUUCGUGCUGGUGUUGGUGUUCCUGAUGGGCAGCCCGCACCGCUGGCGCGUGUUUGGCGAGUGCGACCAGUGCGACCGGUACGCCACCGGCGACAUCUGCUUCCCGGGCGAGUUCGCCGCCCGCUGCGGCGAGGUCUGCCCCAACGCCACCUGCUCCAGCACACAGAACCUGCGACUGUACGCCUACAACGCCUUCGCACUGAUCUGGGGCGUCUGCUUCGUGGCAGCCAUCAACCAGAUUGUCGUGGCCAUAGCCUUUUCGACGUGGUACUUCAGCACCAGUAAGAGCUUUAGUCUGGUACUACCCCUGCGGGCCUAUGUGCUGGCGUUGAUCUUUCACAGUGGCACGGCUGCCUUCGGCUCACUACUCAUCUCCAUAGUGAAAGUCUGCCGCGCGGCCCUCACCUGGCUCAAAUCCCGUCUGGAGAAGCGCGGCGGCCGUCUGGCCGGCUGUCUGGUCUCCUGCUGCCAGUGCUGCUUCUGGUGUGUGGAGAACGUCAUCCAGUUCAUCAACCGGCGCGCCUACAUCGUCACGGCGCUGGAGAGCGUGGGUCUGUGCGCGGCCGGCCAGCGCGGCCUGGCCGUGGUGAUGCGCAACCUGGCGCGUGUGGCGGUGGCCGACUCGGUGACGGCGCUGGUACUGUGGCUCAGCCGGCUGCUGGUGGUGGCCGCCAGCGUGCUGCUCGUGCACUGGAUCAUGGAGGCGGCGCUCAGCGAGCCCGUGCCCUGGCUGCUGCCGGCCGUCUUCAGCGGACUCAUCGCCUACGCCGUGGCCGGCACAGCAUUCUCCGUGUUCGCCAUGGGCGUCGACACGAUAUUCUACUGCGCCAUGGUGGAUUUGGACGAGAACGACGGCAGUGCGGCGCGGCCGUACGCCAUGUCUCGCUCGCUGGCCAAGGCGCUGGGGGUGUCGGGCGCUCCGCCGCCGACUCCCGGCGCCGGGGAGCCGCCUCAGGGACCGGUGACCGGUCCUCCGCCGGGCCUCCAGCCGUACCGCCCGCCCUCCGACUUCUGGUCGCAGCCCAAGCAGCAGCCGCAGGCGCCCGGACAGUUUAUCCACCCGGGGGAGGUAGAGAGGCCGUUCACACCGGCCACGCCGCUGCCCUCGAUCCCCCGCAGCGGCCGCUGACCGGCCCUCAGCGGCGACCGGCUCUCUAUGGGAACAGACCUCGGGAUGUGGCGACAAGGUAACGACGGUCAGAACGGGUGAUCUACAGUGGCUCUCUGGGCAGCCAGAGAAAAUGCAACAUUAGAGCCCCGAUGGGUCAACGGCAGGGAUCCAACGAAAACGUAAAAACAUACGUUUUCAGCGAACGAUUUACUACAAUUUCCUGACGCCUUGACGUCUUUACGACGGGAGGGUAUGGCAAAGUGGUUUGAGCUUUUGCCGAUCAACACCUACUCUGGAGUGAGACUCCGGGGCAUCGAGGGGGUUGUUUCUAGUCCUUUGUCCAAAGCAUAACAGAAAAUCGUCUUAUCAAAUAUAUGUUUAAAGCAAAAAGUAUGUCGUGUUCAUUACUGAUAUAGCUAAAAGCCAGCCAAUGCUGGGUCCAUGGCGAAGUACCUCCAAUACCGCCCGGGCAGCUUUUGUGUGGCAUUGGUGAUUAUCUGUGUUAGGAGACUGUGAAAUGGAUAAACGGACGUUUGUAACCGUCUGGCAUCGCGUCCUAAUUGGGUCGUGGCCCUGGGGCGUCGGGGACCGCGGCCCUGCUGAAACUAUUGCAUGGGAUGUCUGUGACCGUCAGAUGGAUAUGAACAAAUGUUAAAUGAAAUACUUUUUGAGUUAAUGUCAUAUAUUUAUCAAUAACACUU